AUGGCCAAAGGAGCUUCGAAGAAGAUCUCCUCGCAAAAUGCGGCCUCUCUCACCCUCCUACUCCGUGGCUUCUUGCUCAGCAACCUGAUUCACAUCCUCUCCUACACUCCCAUCCUCGCCUCAGCCCGGUACAGGCACAGCGGCGCCUAUAAGUGGGAUGUGGCCAAGUACGUUCUCUCGGAGGGGGUGGCGCUCGCCAUCGGUCUGCUGAUGAGGGAUAUGGCCAGCAAAGGGGAGGAUUUGAAUGCCGAAGGACUCACGGCGUUGCUGUGGGAUGUCGUCUUCGUUACGUGGUUCGUACAUGUAGGGACUGCGCUUGUGUGGAGGCGGUUGUGGUGGUUGUAUGCCGUGAUCCCCUUGUACGGCAUUUUCCUGGCGUACAGCAAGGUUCUAGUGCCCUUCAUCUUCAAGGGCUCUGACCCGCUCGCCGGUCUCUUCGCCUCGCUGCGAGGAGGCAAGGGACCCAAGCAAGCAUCGACGGCUCAGAACAAGGGCAAUGCAGCUGCGGCUGAGCCAGGCUUGAGCAAGAGGCAGGCUAAGCUGCAGGCUAGGGCGGAUCGCGGUGAUCCGAGGGUGCAGAGGAGGGAGAUGCAGAGGGGGUAG